GUAAAUAACCAUCAACUUUCUGAAUGCUUUUCAAACCAAUUAAUUAAUUUUAUUUUUAAAAACCAGCUAACAAUUUAGCAUAAGAAUCAAAAUCACGCGGAUUAAUGACACAAAAAAAGGGUUAAAAUUUCUUUGUAAGUUUCUUCCUGUUUUCUUUUUUCCCAAUUUUUCAUACUCCGUAUUUGUUCAAUUCAAAAAUUAAAAUCAUUAUUACUAUUAGACCCACUUUUGAAAAUUUGUUUAUUUCCCAGAACCCAAAAAUUAAAAAAACUCAGAAAAUGAAAGUACUUAAACUAGUCAAAAUGCUAACCCCUCAUUCAUGGUGAACGCGUUUCUUCUUGUUCUUCCUCUCAUCCUUAAUCUCUUUCCUCCCAACUUCAAAUUUCAAGAAUUCUGGUGAACAUUUGAAAAGAUCUAUUCUUUAUUAGUUCAUCGAAUUAAAGAUUGAAUUUUGCUACUUUUUUUUUUGGAAGUAUAUGAUUAAACUGAAACUGCAUUCUUUGGCUGAAUUAAACCUAGAAUUUCUGAAGAUUUCUGCUGUUUUUUAAGUGAUUGAAGAUGAAAAGUAAUUUGUGGGUGUUUUAUGGGGUGAAUUUGGUAUUCUUAUUUCAUCUCCAGCUUCUUCUUCUUCCCUGUUCAUCCCUUAAUUCUGAAGGGUUGGCUUUGUUGAAGUUUAAAGAAAAGGUGGUGAGAGAUCCCUUUAAUGCCCUUUCUAAUUGGAGUGAUAAAGAUGGUGAUUUGGAUCAUUGUUCCUGGUUUGGAGUUUCUUGUUCUGAAGGCAAUGUUGUAAUUCUGAAUCUGAAGGAUCUUUGUCUUGGAGGAACACUAGCAUCUGAACUUGGAAAUCUAUAUCAUAUCAAAUCCAUUAUAUUGCGCAACAAUUCCUUUGAUGGGAUCAUUGCUAGUGAGAUAGCUGACCUGAAAGAACUGGAAAUGCUAGAUUUGGGUUACAACAAUUUUAGUGGACCGAUCCCUUCUAACCUUGGGAACAACUUUUCGCUGUCGAUUCUUCUGCUGGACAACAACAAUAAUCUUGGUAGUUUAUCUCCAGAGCUUAAUCAGCUUCAGAUGCAAUCUGAACAUCAGGUGGAUGAGGAAUACCUACGUACUGUUUCUGCCAGGGCAAGCUGUAACAGUAAAUCUUUUUCUUGGUAUACUACCCGGCCGGAUAAUUUUGUUGGGAGAAGCUUGCUGCAAGUGCCAGGCUUUCCAUUUCGGAGACUUAGAGACAGAAGGCCUGCUUCACCGACCCCAUCAACUCAUGCGCCAUCUCCCUCUAAAUCUCAUUCGGACUCGCCAUCUCCAUCCCGAUCUCCUAUCUCACCAUCAUCACCAUCUCCAUCGCCAUCACGUGCCAUCUCCUCACCGGUGCCUGCUCCUGCUCCUGUGAUUGCAGAUCCCCCUUCUCCAACACCAUCAAAUCCCCCUGUUGUUUCAGUAUCACCAGCGGCACAGGCUGCUCAAGUCCCAGAUAACACUAAAAGAUCCGGCUCAAAGCAGCAUAAGGUUAUUAUUUUGGCCUCCGUUGCUGGUGGCUUGACACUUCUGAUUAUAUCAGCAGCUGCCAUUAUUGUCUGCAGAAGCAGUAAGAUAGGUACUGUGAAACCAUGGGCCACAGGGCUAAGUGGACAGCUUCAAAGAGCAUUUGUUUCAGGUGUGCCAAAGCUUAAAAGAGCUGAACUUGAAACAGCCUGUGAAGAUUUCAGCAACAUAAUUGGCACUUUGAAUGAUGGGACUGUAUAUAAAGGUACUCUUUCUAGUGGCAUUGAAAUUGCUGUUGUAGCAACUUCAGUGAAGUCUUCUGAGGAAUGGUCAAGAAAAUUGGAAGCCCAGUUUCGGAAGAAGAUAGAAACAUUGUCCAAAGUGAACCACAAGAAUUUUGUGAACCUUAUUGGAUUUUGUGAAGAAGAGAAGCCUUUUACUAGGAUGAUGGUUUUUGAAUAUGCACCAAAUGGAACUCUCUUUGAACAUCUACACAUCAAAGAAGCUGAACGCUUGGACUGGAAGAUGCGCCUACGUGUAAUAAUGGGUAUGGCUUAUUGCCUUGAACAUAUGCACCAGCUGAACCCACCCAUACCUCACAGGGACCUGCAGUCUUCGUCCAUGUACCUAUCAGAAGAUUAUGCGACCAAAGUAUCAGAUUUUAGCUUCUGGACUGUGGGAACGGUAUCUAAAAUGAGAUCACCUUCCAUGCAUCUUUUGGAGGCAGCACUGACAGACAUAGAGGGCAAUGUCUACAACUUUGGGAUGGUUUUGUUAGAAAUCAUAACCGGUAGGAUGCCUUACAUGGAGGAUAAUCGCACUGUAGCAGAUUGGGUUUUCUACUGCUUGGAAAAAGAUUACUUACCACAAGAUAUCAUAGAUCCAACGUUAAGUUCGUUUAAAGCCGAGGAGGUCCAGAGAUUGUUUUGGAUCAUAAAAGAUUGUGUACAACCUGAUCCGCAAGAGAGACCAACUAUGAAAACCAUUGCUGCACGUUUAAGAGAGAUUACAGGGAUGGGGCCUGAUGGGGCAACUCCGAGGUUAUCUCCUCUGUGGUGGGCAGAGCUUGAAGUUAUGUCUAUGGAUGGAAGUUAGUAGGGUUUACUCCUGUAAGUAAAAGCCUAGAGCUAUGUUUUUUUUUUUUUUUUUUUUAAUUUUUUUUUGCAUAGUUAUGGCUUUUAUCUCAAAGCCAUGUUCAUAGCCUAGAAUAUGAUUGGAGUAUAAAACCAAUACUGGAGCAGAGCUUUCUGAGACAGGUUGUUAGAAGGACGUUACGCGUGUGAUUUUCUGUACAUAAAUGAGAAAAAUGAGCUCAUUAGUUGGCUGCUUGGCCAGAUCUGUGUCUCACUUUUUUUUAGACAAUGUUUCCUUUUUUUUUUUUUCCAAAAUAAGCACAUUCUUU